CUCGCACCAAAUGUAUGUACGACGUAUAAAUAUAUAUAUGCAACAAGUUGCUUUGAGACAUAGCAACUUCACCUAACUACUAGCAGUGAAAAUGGCGGACAACAAUACCAUCUCCGGUUCAACUCAGGCGUUCAGACUCAGGUGGGACGUGUUUCUGAGCUUCAUAGACGACGAAGACACACACAGUUUCGCGGAUCAACUCUACACAGAACUCGACAGAAAAGGCGUCCGAGUUUUCCGAGGCAACGACGAGUUGAUUCAGGGGGACGACGUCCCUCCGAGUCCGAUCGGAGACUCGGCCGUUUCAAUCAUCAUCUUCUCCCCCAACUACGCCUCCUCCGGGCGGUGCCUCGAGCAGCUUGCCGACAUCUGCGAGCUCCGGCGACUUGUUCUUCCCGUGUUCUGCCGAGUCGACCCGUCGAACGUCCGGGGACAGAAGGGGCGACGGUUCGAAGAUGACUUUAGAAGUCUCGAAGAACAGUACGGACACGAGAAGGUUGCGAGAUGGAGAAAAGAUAUGGGGAAGGUCGGUGGAAUCGCCGGUUUUGUUCUGCAAGACAGGGAAGAACGACAGUUGAUUCAAUCUUUAGUCAAAAAGGUUUUGAGUGAAUUGAGCAAUAAUCCUGUGGGUAUGGCUCCAUAUAUUGUGGGACUUGAUUUUCGUUUAGAGGAACUGAUGAGAAUCUUAGAUGUUAAAUCCAACGGCAUCAGAGUUUUGGGGCUUCAUGGAACAGGUGGGAUUGGUAAGACUACCCUUGCCAAGGCACUUUAUAAUAAACUUUUCAGUCACUUUGAACGUCGUAGUUUCAUUUCAAAUGUUAGAGACACUUCUUCACAAAAAAAUGGUAAAAUAUCUCUUCAAAACAAACUUCUUAGUGAUCUUUCCCAAGUGCCUUCUGUAAAUAAUGAUUAUGCUGCUCAGAUUGCAAUCAAACGGAUAUUGAAUGAGAAGCGUGUUCUAGUUGUUUUAGAUGAUGUAGAUAAUGUAAGCCAAGUUAAUGCUUUAAUUGGCAAGAGAGAAUGGCUUUGUGAAGGAAGUAGAAUCAUUAUCACAACAAGAGAUAGAGAUGUCUUGCUUAUUGACCAUGUGAGUGAGGUAUAUGAGGUGAAAAGCUUGGGUUCUUCUGAGUCACUAAAUCUAUUCAGUUAUCAUGCAUUCAGAAGAGAGAAUCCCACGGAAACAUUUUUGAGUCUGUCCCUGCAAAUUGUGUCUCUUACUGGAGGACUACCUUUGGCUCUGGAAGUGUUUGGUUCUUUUCUGUUUGAUAAAAGGAGAGUAAAAGAAUGGGAAGAUGCUCUACAAAAGCUGAAGCAGAAUCGUCCACACGAUCUUCAAGGUAUCUUGAAGAUAAGUUUUGAUUGGCUGGAUGACGAGAUGAAGUGUAUAUUCCUCGACAUUGCGUGUUUAUUUCUAAAUCUGGGAAUGGAAAGAAAUGAUGCGGUUGACAUAUUCAAAGGCUGUGGUUUUAAGGCAGAGAAUGCAAUCAAUUUCCUCGUAGCAAAAUCUCUCAUUAGGAUUGAUGAGGACAAUACUUUGUGGAUGCAUGAUCAGAUUAGAGACAUGGGAAGACAAAUUGUGCAGGAAGAAAACCUUGAUCCUGGUAUGCGCAGUAGAUUGUGGGUUCAUGGCGAAAUUUUGACCGUCUUGAAAAAUGAGAAGGGAACUAAAAACGUCCAAGGGGUCAUUAUAGACUUCGAAAAGAAGAAUUUUCCAAGGAUUAAGACUGCUAAAAGCAUUUCUUGGAACCAACUUUGGAGAACACCCAAUUUCACCUCUGCAGUAACAUACUUGAAGGAGAUAUACAAGGAAUACUUUCAAGAUGAUGCUCGGGAUGAGGGUCAGGUGGUACUUUGCACUAAGUCAUUUGAAUCAAUGGUUAAUCUACGACUGCUUCAAUUCAGUAAUGUAGAGCUAGAAGGAAAUUUCAAACAUAUACCUGCUGAACUGAAGUGGCUACAAUGGAGAAAAUGUCUGCUGAAAACUCUUCCUUCUAAUUUUUGUCCACGGGAACUUACUGUCCUUGAUCUAUCAGAAAGCAAGAUAGAAAGACUUUGGGGACAGAGACUGUGGUUCUGGUAUAAUAAGGUUGGAGUGAAAUUGAUGGUUAUGAAUCUCCAUGGUUGUUAUAACCUAACUGAUAUUCCAGAUUUAUCUGGGCAUCAUGCCUUGGAGAAGUUGAUUCUUGAGCGUUGCAUUAGUUUGAGAAGCAUUCAUAAAUCGAUUGGGCGUGUGAGCACAUUACGUUAUUUGAACCUGAGAAGCUGUUCCUCCCUUGUUGAAUUUCCAAGUGAUGUUUCUGGGAUGAAGGAUCUUGAGAACCUGAUCCUCUCUGGUUGCUCAAAACUGAAAAAACUACCACAGGACAUGGGCGGCAUGAAUUCUUUAAAAGAACUUCUCCUUGAUGGAACUGCUAUAGAGAAGUUACCUGAAUCUAUAUUCCUCGUUACAAAGCUUGAAAGGCUUAGUUUAAACGACUGCCAGUCAUUGAAACAACUACCCAUAUGCAUGGGAAAGUUGAGUUCUCUGAGGGAACUUUCUCUAAAUGGUUCUGCAUUGGAAGAAAUACCUAAUUCCAUUGGCUUGUUGGGAAAACUUGAUAUACUAAGUUUGAUGUGGUGUAGAUCGCUGACUGUAAUCCCUGAUUCUGUUGGAAAUCUCAAAUCAUUAACAAAAUUUUGGCUUAAUGGUAGUUCAGUCAAAGAACUGCCAGCUUCUAUUGGUUCAUUAUCUUAUCUGAAGGACUUGUCAGUUGGAAACUGUGUUUCUUUGAGUUCAUUGCCUAGUUCCAUUGAAGGCUUGGCUUCUGUUAUUGAGCUUCAGCUAGAUGAGACACCAAUUCUAAAUCUACCGGAUCAGAUUUGCAUGUUGAAAUCACUUGAGAAGCUUGAGAUGAGGAAUUGUAAAUCUCUUUGCUCAUUGCCAAAAUCAAUUGGAAGAAUUGUGACUCUUACUACAUUGAUUAUCGUGAAUGCUGCCAUAACUGAGUUGCCAGAAUCGAUAGGAAUAUUGGAAAAUCUUGGAACGUUAAAUUUGAACAAAUGUAAGCAGCUCUCUAAACUGCCAGCUUCGAUUGGGGAAUUGAAGUCUUUGCACCACUUGCGAAUGGAGGAAACUGCUGUGACAGAACUACCCGAAAAAUUUGGGAUGCUCACGAGCUUAAUGGUAUUGAAAAUGGCAAAGAAACCUUAUCAAGAAGUGCCUCAGAAUGCUGAAAAUAGAGAGCUUGUUGCGCUUCCAUCUACUUUCUCAAAUCUCUCCUGGUUAAUAGAGUUGGAUGCUCGUGCUUGGAAAUUAUCUGGCAAAAUACCUGAUGAUUUUGAGAAAUUGUCAUCAUUAGAGAUUUUGAAUCUGGGUCACAAUGAUUUUUCUAGUCUUCCAUCUAGUUUGAGGGGACUCUCUGCUCUCAAACAGCUUUUCCUUCCACACUGUAAAGAGCUCAAAGUUCUCCCCCCUCUUCCAUCGAGUUUGGUGGAGAUAAAUGCUGCAAAUUGUACAGCACUUGAAGAAAUACCAGAUCUGUCAAGUUUGCAGAGUUUACAAGAGCUGUUCCUUACGAACUGUGAAAAAUUAGUGGAUAUUCCAGGCCUCGAAUCCUUGAAGUCCUUGAGAAGGUUGCACAUGAGUGGUUGCAGUUCAUGCUCUUCAGUGAAGGGAAAAUUUGAUAAGGUUGCAUUGAAGAAGUUAUACAACUUGAGCUUGCCUGGAAGCACGAUCCCAGAGUGGUUUACUCAAGGAGUGGUGCGUUUUUCAACGCGAAAAAACCGUGUGAUUGAAAGUGUGAUCAUAUGUGUUGUUGUCUCUGUCAACCAUCAAACACCGAAUGAUUUAAGAGAGCAGCUCCCUGUAAUACCAGAUAUUAUAGUGAAGAUUCUCAGACUGAAUGAACCAGUAUACACCAGUGCGUUGUAUUUAGCUGGAGUUCCCAAGACACAUGAAGAUCAAGUUUAUAUAUGCCGAUUUCCAGAUUACAAUCCGUUGGUUUCUAUACUAAAAGAUGGCGAUGAGAUACUGGUGGAAAUGCGAAACCCUCCAUUUCUGAAGGGGGUUGAGCUGAAGAAGUGUGGGAUUUAUCUGGUGUACGAAAAUGAUGAUGAUUAUGAUGGAGACGAAGAAUCGCUGGAUGAAAGUCAGCAAUCUGUAUCAGAGAAGUUAUCGAAGUUCGUUGGAUUUUCCGAAGAGAAUAAUAAUAAUAAUAUGGACACCAGUUAUGAAGUUGCAAGGAAAACGCAAGAGGAGGAAAGGGGAGAAGGAUUAGCACCAGCAAACCACAGAAAAUCCUUUGUUGUUCUCUUCAUUGUCCUUUCUUGUUUCUUUGGGUUGUUGAGUUGGUUGGUGUUCAAUUUUUAGUUCUUUUACAUGUCUCUUUUGUUUUCAAAUUUCAAGCUAACAAGGUUGUCCUCCUUGUGUGUGCUGUGUAAUUUCUGCUAUUAAUGUUAUUGCUCAAUUCUUGUAUUAUUUUAA